GAGAGCUGAUAAACGCAUUGAGUCCGUCUGUUCAGUAGUACCACAGUACAAUGACUCCGUAAACUACCGUUAAACAAACAUAUCUGCCGUGUAUUCACAAGUCCGCGUGCUUAUAUGUGUGUAUGAUGGCGUGGGGAGUGUGCAGCAGGGCUCUGGUGUGGAUUAUAACUGCGAUCAUAUGCUGGAGUCACUGCAGCCUGAUGGGCUUUUGCGGCAGCAGUACGGUGUCUGUACCAGAGAGUCUGCUCUUUGUGUCCACACUCAACGGAAACCUUCACGCGGUCAGCAAGAGAUCCGGAACAAUCCAAUGGACCUUAAAAGAAGAUCCUGUUUUGCAAGUCCCAACGCAUGUGUCCGAGCCUGCAUUUCUCCCAGACCCCAAUGAUGGCAGUUUGUACUCUCUCGGAGGGAAAAAUAAUGAGGGUUUGACGAAACUGCCGUUCACCAUUCCUGAGCUGGUCCAGGCAUCUCCCUGUCGCAGUUCUGAUGGCAUCUUAUACACGGGUAAGAAGCAAGACGUGUGGUAUGUUGUGGAUCUGCUGACUGGUGAGAAGCAGCAGACACUGACCUCAUCCUAUGCUGAGAUGUUAUGUCCAUCUUCAUCUCUGCUCUACCUCGGCCGCACUGAAUACACAAUCACUAUGUAUGACACCAAGAGCAGAGAGCUGCGCUGGAACGCUACUUAUUCUGACUACGCUUUCACCCUUCCAGACGACGACACCAAACACAAUAUGGCCCACUUUGUGUCCAACGGUGACGGCCUAGUGGUGACAGUGAACAGUGAGUCCGGAGACGUGCAGUGGGUUCAGAACUACAACUCCCCUGUGGUGGCGAUCUACAUCUGGCAGCGCGAGGGACUGCGCAAAGUCCCUCACACCAAUGUUGCUGUGGAAACGUUGCGUUAUAUCACUUUCAUGUCAGGAGAGGUGGGCCGCAUUACACAGUGGAAGUAUCCAUUUCCUCGGGAGAAGAAAACCAAAGAUAAACUGAUGUCCACAUUGUAUGUAGGGAAACACUCCUCUGGCCUGUAUGCGUCUUCCUCCCUGGUGCAUGAUGGAGUUACUGUUGUGCCUCGUGGCAGGACGUUUCCCAUGCUGGAGGGCCCCGGUAACCAGGAGUCAAGCAUGGAAGAUGAGCAGGAGUGUGUGAUCACUCCCAGUACCACAGUGAAGUUCAGUGCAGCACUGAAAGAGAGAAACCGCUUCAACUUCAUGAGGAAUUCACUGCUGCUGAUAGGUCACCACGAGACACCGCCUGAUGCUCAUAAUAAAAUUCUGGAGAAAUUUCCAGAGAGCAUCCCUCGCCAGCAUAUCAACGUCAUUCCCCCUGCCACAGAGAAGACUAUUGAAGAGAAAGUAAAUGAGAGUGGAAUGGAAGACAGCAGUCCUCUGCCUCCACCCGUGUCAUCCCUGCAGGAGAAACCCAGCCGCAUCCCACGUGUGGAGACUCCAGUGGACUCCAUGCUGAAGGACAUGGCCACCAUCAUCUUCUGCACUUUCCUUCUGGCCGGCUGGGUGGCCUUCAUCAUCACCUACCCCAAGCAGCUCAUUUUCCAGCCGCCCACUGAUCUGCCUCCUGACACUGACUUCCUAGAGGCAGCCCAUACCCGCUCUGAGAGCUCCACCCACAGCAGUCCCAACAUCACCCCACGAGCAUCCAACCAUUCCAACAUGUCCCAAUCUGAGAUGGGUCAUUCGGCUAAUGAGCACGAGGAUGCUGAGGAUGAAUCCAAUAUUGUCAGAAUUGGAAACAUCACAUUCAACCCUAGAGAUGUACUUGGACAUGGUGCUGAGGGAACUAUUGUGUACAGGGGUCAGUUUGAUAACCGUCCAGUGGCUGUGAAGAGGAUUCUCCCAGAAUGCUUCAGCUUUGCUGACCGUGAGGUUCAGCUGCUGCGUGAGUCAGACGAGCAUCCAAAUGUGAUUCGUUAUUUCUGCACAGAGAGAGACCGUCAGUUUCAGUACAUUGCCAUAGAGUUGUGUAGCUCAACACUACAAGAGUAUGUGGAACGAAAGGAUUUUAACCGCCACGGUUUGGAGCCAGUGACACUGCUAGAGCAAACCAUGUCUGGACUGGCUCAUUUACAUUCUCUUAAUAUAGUCCACAGAGAUCUGAAGCCACACAACAUCCUGGUGUCGAUGCCGAACACACAUGGGCGUGUGAAGGCCAUGAUCUCAGACUUCGGCCUGUGCAAGAAGCUGGCAGUGGGCAGACACAGCUUCAGCAGGAAGUCUGGGGUCCCGGGCACCGAGGGCUGGAUUGCUCCAGAAGUGCUCAGUGAGGAUGCAAAGCAUAACCCUACCUGCAUGGUAGACAUCUUCUCUGCAGGCUGUGUGUUUUACUAUGUGGUAUCUGAAGGCCACCACCCCUUUGGAAAAUCCUUGCAGCGGCAAGCAAACAUUCUGCUGAGUGCCUACUCGCUGGACCACUUAGACCUUAACAGACACGAGGAUAUUGUGGCCCGAAACCUGAUCGAGCAGAUGUUGAGUAUGGAGCCAGAGAAGAGACCCUCAGCAGACAGAGUGCUAAAACAUCCCUUCUUCUGGAGUCUGGAAAAACAACUGCAGUUCUUCCAGGUUAGUCAGGCAUCCUUCAUUUAA